AUGCCUUCUGUCAACUCGAAGCCCUUCCCAAUUCAAAAACUUCCGGAAUUGGCGUUCGAGGCAGUUGUCCGACAGAUAAGUACCAGAGAGAGACUCUCUCUCACCCUCACUUCGAAAAAGACCCUAAAUCUCCUGCUCGCUCUGAAAUUUCCGAAAGAUCAAGCUCAUACGAUUCACUUCGAGAAGGAUUCCUAUGGAUUCAUGGCUUUGAUAAUUGUAAAGGACCAUGGCGUCGAGAAGGCACACAAGAUACAUUUCGGAUGUGAUUUCUACAAAAGAGGCAGGAAAAUCGAAUGGGCAGAUAAUGUCUUUGAAGACUGGUCCGCCGUGUCUGGGUCCUACGUCGAGAAGGCCCAAUCCGCGUAUCGAAAAAUCAGGAAACUGUUCCCGGCGUGCGAGUUGACUCUCCGAUUUGUCAAUUCUCAACCAGAAGAUGUUCUCCAGAUUUUGAAUGCUCCAGAAUUCAAGACUUGGAAUGAAGUGAACGUUUAUGAAAGCAUGACACCAGAAGCCAUCAAACUGAUCGUGGACAAAGCGUCCCUCCAGAGACGCAUAAUUUGUCAUAGCUCUCACGAGCUCCCCCGUGAUUUCUAUCAUCCGAAGGCAUUCGAUUUCAAAGUUGCUCAAUAUUCCCGUGCCAAAUGGGCAACUGUCGGACAACUUCUCUCAAUUCGAGGCGUUGAGAUGAUCGGUCUGGGACAGACGAGUCUUCGAAGUGGAGAUGUUCGAGUUGUGCUCAAGAAGAUGCUCGAGACAGAUUAUGAAAUGUGUGGACGACUCGAGAUUUCAGUGACCGGAGGAUAUGAUCAGGAGGAAGUGAUGGGCGAUACGUUGAGAUUCAGUGUUUGGAAUGGUGAAGAGAGCACCACUUUCGCCACAACCGUUGUCCAGAUGAACACAAAAAUUGCCGAAAUCCACGUCUUCCGAAAUCUCGUCCGCAUCUGCAUGUCUUCAAAUGAAGAUGACCACAAAGAAGCCCGCAGAAUGUUGACUAAUCUCAGAAACAUUAUUCGUAUCGACAAUGCGAUGGAGGGGGCGGAGCCUGGAGAGAAGAGACGUCUUCAGAUGGAGAGAGACUAUUUCAAUGGAGAUCUUCAAGACGCUUUGAAUGCAUUUAUGGAGAAUAGGAGACGUCAUAUUGGAAAUUUCGAAUUCCCGCGCCUUUUUAUUUAG